GCUUAAGCGGGUUGCUGGACCCGGCCCCUCCCUCACCUGAUGUGUCCGCGGCUUGCGCUGCUUGCUUGAAAGAGCCGAUGCCUGCAUUGACACCAUUCGCUCAACUUGGUUACUUCUAACCUUGGAGUGAAUUGUUUGGCCUAUGAUGAAGCCAUAAUGGCCCAACAGGACCGCAUUCAGCAGGAGAUUGCUGUCCAGAACCCCUUAGUCUCAGAAAGGAUGGAGUUGACAGUCCUGUACAAGGAAUACGCUGACGAUGACCACAUAUAUCAGCAGAAGAUCAAGGAUCUGCUGAAGAAGUAUUCAUACAUUCGGAAAACAAGACCAGAUGGGAACUGCUUCUACCGAGCAUUUGGCUUUUCCCACCUGGAGGCUCUCCUGGAGGAUGGCAAGGAGCUGCAGCGCUUCAAAGAAGUGGCAGCGAAAAGCAAGGACGUGCUGGUGGCCCAGGGCUUCACGGAAUUCACCAUUGAGGACUUCCAUAAUACGUUCAUGGACCUGAUUGAGCAAGUGGAGAAACAGACCACAGUUGCAGAGCUGUUGGCCUCCUUCAACGACCAGAGCACCUCAGAUUAUCUCGUCGUGUACCUACGGCUGCUGACGUCCGGCUACUUGCAACGGGAGAACAAGUUUUUUGAGCACUUCAUCGAGGGAGGACGGAGCAUAAAAGAGUUUUGCCAGCAGGAGGUGGAGCCCAUGUGUAAGGAAAGCGACCACAUUCACAUCAUUGCCCUGGCUCAGGCCCUCAACGUGUCCAUCCUGGUGGAGUACAUGGAUCGGGGCGAGGGCGGGACCACCAACCCCCAUAUCUUCCCCGAAGGCUCGGAGCCCAAAGUGUAUCUACUAUACAGACCGGGACACUACGACAUCCUGUACAAAUAGAGGGGCAGGAGCGAGGCUGGUGAGCCAGCCCCCCCUCCUCUCCCUCCCCCGCUGCCCCCCUGGCGUUCCCUGUCUCGCCCGUGUUUUUCCCACCACCAACCGGGCAGCGUCGUCUGUGCUUGUAAAUGGUGAUCGUUCUUGCUCCCCAUCUCGCUCACUUGGUUUGUUUAUUAUUAUAUAUUUUUCCCUCCUUUUGUUGUUACACUCACACUCUUCUGUGUUUUAUUAAAGGGGAUGCCGGUGAAACAA